UAGCGCCAUACACUCAAAUCCCUGCCCAGUUACUCAGUUGUCAGCUGCAAACUCGAAAAGCACCCUCUCUCUCUUAUCCCCUCUCGUCGCAGCAUCACACAACGCCUUUCUAAUGGUAGCAUCGCACUGAUCUACAGCGCGACACAGCCUCCUGCGGAAUCCUACAGUGCAGCGAUUUUCAAGGCAUAAGUGCGUCCGCGUUUGGGAUGGGAGGUAUUGCGAGCCCGCCGGGUCUGAGCGCACUCGGAGCGGCAUAGUGGCUGGACAGGGACUCGCUUAUCUGGAGUGUUGAUGGGAUCCUGCUGCUAUUUCCUUUCGCGCUGGAUUCUCUUGCUUUUUAACUAACACGUCGCAGCCGGGGAUUUAAAACUGACCAAAUCAUAAAGAAGCCUCACAGCCCUGUGGAUUAGGAUAUCAAAAGGCGUUUAUUUUUACGCAUCUCGUUGUAAUUUGGGAGUAAAGGAGUUGGGAUUCAUCGGAACGUGCCUGUUACCGCAGUGUCAAUGCGACUGCGGCUGUGAACUGAUAUCCGCAGCGAUUACAGGUAUAGAAUGACCUCAAUCCCAAGAGAGGCCUGAUCACGGAUUGGCUGAGAGUACUGGACUGAGCCCCUUCUAGCCCUCCCUGAAACCCCGGACCAUGGAGUCCCACCACACCAGGACACGGACUUCCUGUCUGACCCUUUGCUGCUUCCUGUUGGCCCUGGCCCUCCCUCUCUCCUUGGCAUCCAGGCCCCUCCCCCAUGCCCCCGACGGCGCCGCCAUCAUCACCGCCUCCAUCGACGCAGCCGAGGAGGAGGACUAUAGCACGUUCAGCGCCGAGAACCCUGAGUGGAAGUUCAACCACGUGGCCGUGGACGAACGCAACGGCAACGUGUACCUGGGAGCGGUCAACCGCAUCUACAAACUCUCCCCCGACCUAAACGUACAGGUGUACCACGAGACUGGCCCCGACGAGGACAACCGCAAGUGCUACCCACCACGCAUCGUGCAGCCCUGCAGUGAGCCUCUAUCUCUCACCAACAACGUCAACAAGAUGCUGCUGAUGGACUACCGGGAGAACCGGCUACUAGCCUGUGGUAGUCUCUAUCAGGGCAUCUGUAAACUCCUCCGCCUGGAUGACCUGUUCAAGCUGGGAGAGCCCUUCCACAAGAAGGAGCACUACCUGUCCGGGGUCAACGAGAGCGGUUCGGUGUUCGGCGUCAUCGUGUCGUACGGGGACUCCUCGCCCGACAAGCUGUUUGUGGCCACGGCAGUGGAUGGCAAGCCCGAGUACUUCCCCACCAUCUCCAGCCGCAAGCUGGCGCGCAACUCGGAGGAGGACGGCAUGUUCGCCUACGUCUUCCACGACGAGUUUGUGGCAUCUAUGAUCAAGAUCCCGUCAGACACGUUCACCAUCGUGCCUGACUUCGACAUCUACUACGUCUACGGAUUCGGCUCGGGUAACUUUGUCUACUUCCUUACACUGCAGCCGGAGAUGGGGAACGGGCCGACCGCCGGCUCCUCCUCUGCGGGGCGGGAACAGGUGUACACUUCUAAAAUAGUCCGGCUGUGUAAAGACGACACAGCGUUUAACUCGUAUGUGGAGGUGCCCCUGGGCUGUGUGAAGGGCGGCGUGGAGUACCGGCUCCUACAGGCAGCCUACCUCUCCAAGGCGGGUGCCAUAUUGGGGCGCUCGCUUGGUGUGGGGCCCGACGAUGACGUCCUCUUCACCGUCUUCUCCAAGGGCCAGAAGCGGCGGCCGCGCGAGGCCUCGCAGGAGUCAGCGCUGUGCGUGUUCGCCCUGCGGGAGAUCAACGAGCGCAUCAAGGAACGGCUGCAGUCGUGCUACAAGGGUGAGGGCACCCUGGACCUGGCCUGGCUCAAGGUCAAGGACAUCCGCUGCAGCAGCGCUCUCCUAACCAUCGACGACAACUUCUGUGGCCUGGAUAUGAAUGCUCCGCUGGGGGUGUCAGAGAUGGUGCAGGGCAUCCCUCUGUUCUCCGACUCCACCGACAAGAUGACCUCGGUCAUCGCCUACGUCUACAAGAACCACUCUCUGGCCUUCGUGGGCACCAAGAGCGGGCGCAUCAAGAAGAUCAGGGUAGACGGGCCUUCCCACGGUGCAUUGCAGUACGAGGUGAUCCAGGCAGUGGAGCGAGGGCCAAUCCAACGGGACAUGGCCUUCUCCCCCGACCACCACUUCCUAUACGCCAUGUCAGAGACACAGAUGACGAGGGUGCCAGUGGAAGCCUGUGGCCAGUACUCCACCUGCAGCGAGUGUCUGGGCUCAGGAGACCCUCACUGUGGCUGGUGUGUCCUGCACAACAUGUGCACCAGGAAGGAGAAAUGCGAGCGAUCGGCCGAGCCCCGGCGAUUCGCCUGGGACAUCAAGCAAUGUGUCCGCCUCAGUGUCCACCCCAGCAACAUCUCAGUGUCCCAGUUCAGUGUCACGCUGAUCCUGGAGGCCCAUAACGUCCCAGAGUUGUCUGCAGGGGUCAACUGUACCUUUGAGGACCUGGCUGAAAUGGACGGUCUGGUGGAGGGGAAUCGCAUCAAGUGCAGCUCGCCUGCCGAGAAGGAGGUGCCCCGCAUCAUUGUAGACAAAGGUGAUCACCAGAUAGUUCAGCUCUACCUCAAGUCCAAGGAGACGGGCCUGGUCUUCGCCAACACCAGCUUUGUCUUCUACAACUGCAGCGUCCACAAGUCGUGUUUGUCAUGUGUGAGAAGCCCCUACCAGUGCCACUGGUGUAAAUACAGACACGACUGCACCCACGACCCACGCACCUGCUCCUUCCAGGAGGGACGCGUCAAGAAGCCAGAGGAGUGUCCCCAGCUGCUGCCCACCGAGCGCAUCCUGGUGCCGGUCAACGUGGUGAAGCCCAUCACCCUGCGGGCCAAGAACCUUCCCCAGCCACAGUCAGGACAGCGGGGCUAUGAGUGUCUGCUCACCAUCCAGGGCGUGGAGCAGCGGGUGCCCGCGCUCCGCUUCAACAGCAGCAGUGUUCAGUGCCAGAACACCUCGUACUCAUAUGAUGGGAUGGAGAUGAGCAGCCUCCCUGUGGACCUGACGGUCGUCUGGAAUGGAGACUUCAGCAUCGACAACCCCGCCGACAAUAAAGUCCACAUAUACAAGUGUGACGCCCAGAGGGGCAGCUGUGGGCUGUGUCUGAAGGCAGACCCCCUGUUUGGCUGUGUGUGGUGCAAGGGGGAGAACCGCUGCACCCUCAAGCAGCACUGUCCCCAGCCUGAGAGCCAGUGGCUGGAGAACAAUGGACUCAACAGCAAGUGUACACACCCACGCAUCACCCAGAUCACUCCACUGCGGGGGCCUCGGGAAGGGGGCACCCUGGUAACCAUCCGGGGGGAGAACCUGGGCCUGGACUUCAGUGAGAUCCAGGGGAACGUCAGGGUGGCCGAGGUGGACUGUACCCCCGUCCGCGAGGGAUACAUCCCCGCAGAACAGAUAGUGUGUGAGAUGGCGGUGGCAACGCAGAGCCAGUUCGCCAACUACGUGGAGGUGUGUGUGGGGGGUGUGGGGGUCAGAGAGUGUCCAAAGGAGUUCAGGGCCAUAUCCUCCAAGUACUACUACUUCGUGGUCCCCAGACUGAUCCGCCUGAAGCCCAGCCGAGGGCCCGUCUCCGGGGGAACCAUCGUCAACAUCACCGGUAGCAACCUGGACGCCGGGAGCAACGUGUCCAUCAUGUUCAAAGACCAGAAGUGCACCUAUCACAGGAGGGGCGGCCAGUGGAUCACGUGUCGCUCCCACGCCUCGCUGCAGGGCUAUGGAAACGUCAGUGUGUCAGUGACGGUGGACAAGGCCCGGAUCCAGAAAGACUUGAAGUUUGAGUACGUGGAGGACCCCACUAUCAUCAAGCUGGAACCCGAGUGGAGCAUCUUCAGUGGGCACACACCUGUGACCGUGACCGGCACCAACCUGGACAUCAUACAGAGCCCCCUUAUCAGAGCCAAGUACAACGGUCGAGAGACGGUCAACAUAUGCCAGGUGUUCAGCCCCAUGUCCAUGCUGUGCCAGGCCCCAGAGCUGCCCAUCAGCCUGGGCAGGCAGAGGGAGGUGCCAGCACGGCCUGAUGAGUUUGGCUUCAUCCUGGACGACGUGCAGGCCGUGCUGGCCCUCAACAACACGGCGUUCAUCUACUACCCCAACCCCGAGUUCGAACCCCUCCAUGUGUCCGGGGUGCUGGAGCUCAAGCCUGGCUCACCCAUCAUACUGAAGGGGCGGAACUUCCUCCCUCCCACCAAUACCAAUGGCAAUAACGGCAAGCUGAACUACACGGUUCUGAUUGGUGAUAAACCUUGUCUGUUGACCGUGUCAGACAACCAGCUGCUGUGUGAGUCGCCCAACCUGACGGGGCGACACAAAGUCCUGGCCCGUGUGGGCGGCAUCGAGUUCUCCCCGGGCGUGGUCCACAUCACGUCAGACAGUCCGCUGAGUAGCACAGCCAUCAUCAGCAUCGCCGGCGCCGGCGCCCUGCUCAUCUUCUUCAUUGUGAUAGUGCUCAUUGCCUACAAACGCAAGUCACGCGAGAGCGACCUCACCCUGAAGAGGCUGCAGAUGCAGAUGGACAACCUGGAGUCUCGUGUGGCCCUGGAGUGUAAAGAGGCCUUUGCCGAGCUGCAGACAGACAUCCAUGAGUUGACCAGUGACCUGGGCGGAGUGGGCAUCCCUUUCCUGGACUACAGGGCCUACACCAUGAGGGUCCUCUUCCCUGGCAUAGAGGAGCACCCUGUUCUUAGGGACCUGGAGGUGCCGGGCUACAGACAGGAGCAGGUGGAGAAGGGCCUGAAGCUGUUCGGCCAGCUCAUCAACAACAAGGUCUUCCUGCUCUCAUUCAUCCGCACGCUCGAGUCGCAGCGCGGCUUCUCCAUGCGCGACCGCGGCAACGUGGCCUCGCUCAUCAUGACAAUGCUGCAGAGCAAACUGGAGUACGCCACCGACGUCCUCAAGCACCUGCUCUCUGACCUCAUCGACCGCAACCUGGAGAGCAAGAACCACCCCAAGCUGCUGCUCCGAAGGACGGAGUCUGUGGCAGAGAAAAUGCUGACUAAUUGGUUCACCUUCCUGCUCCACAAGUUCUUAAAGGAGUGUGCGGGUGAGCCCCUCUUCUCCCUCUUCUGUGCCAUCAAGCAGCAGAUGGAGAAAGGUCCCAUCGACUCAAUCACUGGCGAGGCGCGCUACUCGCUCAGUGAGGAUAAGCUCAUCAGACAGCAAAUCGACUACAAGACGCUGGUGGUGAACUGCAUCCACCCAGACAAUGAGAAGAGCCCUGAGAUCCAGGUGAAGGUGUUGAACUGUGACACCAUCAGCCAGGUGAAGGAAAAGAUCCUGGACGCCAUCUACAAGAACGUUCCCCACUCCCACAGACAGAAGGCCUCUGACAUGGACCUAGAGUGGCGCCAGGGCAGAGGUCAGCGUACGAUCCUGAUGGACGAAGACCUCUCCACCAAGAUCGAGAGUGACUGGAAGAGACUCAACAUGCUUACUCACUACCAGGUGCCUGAUAACUCCGUGAUGGCCCUGGUCCCCAAGCAGGUUACGGCCUACAACUCGGUCAACAACUCCACUGUGUCCAGAACCUCGGCCAGUAAAUACGAGAACAUGAUCAAGUACACGGGGAGCCCCGACAGCCUGCGCUCGCGCACGCCCAUGAUCACGCCCGACCUGGAGAGUGGGGUAAAGGUGUGGCACCUGGUCAAGAACCACGAGCACGGGGACCAGAAGGAGGGAGACCGUGGCUCCAAGAUGGUCUCUGAGAUAUACCUGACCAGGCUGCUGGCCACCAAGGGCACUUUACAGAAGUUUGUGGAUGACCUGUUUGAGACCAUCUUCAGCACGGCCCACCGAGGCAGCGCCCUGCCCCUGGCCAUCAAGUACAUGUUUGACUUCCUGGACGAGCAAGCUGACAAGCACAGCAUCCAUGACCCGCAUGUCAGACACACAUGGAAAAGCAACUGCCUACCUCUGAGGUUCUGGGUGAACGUGAUCAAGAACCCCCAGUUUGUGUUCGACAUCCACAAGAGCAGCAUCACGGACGCCUGUCUGUCUGUGGUGGCCCAGACCUUCAUGGACUCCUGCUCUACCUCCGAACACCGCCUGGGCAAGGACUCACCCUCCAACAAGCUGCUCUACGCCAAGGACAUCCCCAGUUACAAGAGCUGGGUGGAGAGGUACUACUCAGACAUCAGUAAGAUGCCGGCCAUCAGUGACCAGGACAUGAAUGCGUACCUGGCAGAGCAGUCCCGGAUGCACAUUAACGAGUUCAACAGCAUGAGCUCCCUCAGUGAGAUCUACUCCUACGUGGGCAAAUACACAGAGGAGAUUGUGUGUGCGCUGGAGCAGGACGACGCCGCCAGGAAACAGAGACUUUCCUUCAAGCUGGAGCAGGUGGUGGCCUUCAUGAGCCUGGAGAGCUGAGGACCGCACUUCCCAGGGCGCACUGGGAGACCCGUCAGAAACCGAGCCGUGCCUGAGCAAAGACCUGUCCAUCUAUCUCUUCACCAUCAUCAUCAGCAUCAGAACUCCUCUCCUUUUCAAAUACACAUUUCCCUUUUUCUUCCUCUUCCUCUUCCUGACAAGUGUUUGGCAUCUCAUCCGCUCAGCUUCAUAGGACGUGUAGAGAAGACUGGCUGAUGGACUGACUGGAGAGGCGGCAGAGCUGGGGAAUGCUUUUCCCACCAUGCAAUGGGAAGGCCUCAUCCCAGCUUUGCUGCGUAGAAGAGUCUGAUGGAGGGGUGGUUGUCUGCCAGCUCACCAUAUCGCCAUCAUUUACACCUUCAUGUUGGGGGAGAAACAAACAAAUAUUCUCUUUAUGUUGCCUUUCAAAAUAACGCUGACAGCAAAGUCUUUUGCAACCACAAUGUUGGGCGUCAAUUUGUUCAGACUUUCUGAAUAGGAUAUUAGUCAAUGAAACUACUACAAAGUACAGUUAAUUGUAGUGCUAUAGUCAACAUCACAUCAAAUGUGGAAAAACUAAGUGGUAUUAUAUCAAUGAGGAAAGCAAAAUGCCCACCUCUGAAGACAAAGAACGGAAGGUUUGCCUGGUUCACACAGUUCCUACUAGUUAUUCAUACAUACUGUAUCUGGAUGAUUGGGAAAUAGGCUAACUCCAGAAUUUGUUUUCUCAAUGUAGCUUUGAGGUGUAUUUAAAGAGACUCCGAUAGGGGCUGGGAAGAGUUAGUGCUUCUUGAAUUUUCCUUUUUUUUCUGUAAACCUGACUGACUUUGUAACACAGAGAAGAACAGAGUCCCCUUUGUGGCAUUGGCGCAAGUCUGCUCCCACCCACCAACCAACCCCUCCAUGUAACUCUAAAGAUAAAACAAUGCUCAUCUUCUGAAUCCGUCUGGCUUGUGUGGUACCUGCUAAAUUAUCCUGACUACUUUAAGACUCAUUAGUGGAGGACAGACCCAGGUCUGUCUGGUCCUCCUCUGUGACAAGAAGCACACGUCCAACUCUUGACCACAGUGACAUGACCACUCUGACAUCUGCAACGGUCAGUCUGACCCGUAUGUGUUGCUAACAGAUGCGGGUCACUCGCCGGUCUAUCAAAGCACACACACAGAAACAGAUACACACUGCAGCUGUCCAAGACCUGUUCUGAGGGAAACUCUACUUCUGAUACACCCUCUGAUCACACUGUCUGAAUACUAGGGGAGCUGACUGACAUCUACUGAGAGGAGGAGAGUGACACUUUACUAGAGCAGUCUUACCAUGGACCCAUGCUUUAUACAUGACAGAGACGGUGUGGUACUGCCUAAAUGGGAUCUGCUGUGCUGAGAGAGUGAGAGUGAGAGUGAGAGAGAGAGAGAGAGAGUGAGAGUGAGAGUGAGAGAGAGAGAGAGAGA